GGCAACAAAAAUCUCUCUAGUUGGCGAUCCAAUUAGGGAGUAAUAUUAGGACAGCAUUAUAACGUAAUGUAACUCCUCGUCAACAAUGGUUGACAAUGGCUAUCUUCUGUAAUCUAAUUCAUCAGUUCAUCAUCAUCUUCUUUCUGCCGUAAUAAAUGACCGUUGGGGAAGUUGGCAGCUUUCUAAAAUCUUUAAUGCUUCUUUCUAGGCACACCUUCCCAAUAAUCCCCUCCUUAGUACUACUAGUACUAAUUUCCCCCCUUUUCCCUUUUAUCCUGACCCUUUGUAAUUAUGACCCCAUUUCUUCCAACCAAUCAUCACCAACAAUUCAAUGCAAAAUGUUUUAUUGACUCACUUUUUUAUAAUAAAGAUCCAAUCUUGAUCAGUUUUCAGAAAUUGGGAUUAUCAAUUUCUUGUUGGAUCCUGUGGUAUUACUGUACUACUAGCACUAUAUAUGUGCUGCUGCUCAUUUGCAUGCCAUUUUUGUGUGUUUGUUGGCUCCAUGGUUUGCUAAGAAAUCUUUAAUGGUUUCUUAACUUUGUUGGGUUUUGACUGAUCAGCUAGAUUUUUGUGGCACAUUGGAAAGGUGAAAGGUUGGAAUUUGGUGAUGCAUUGCAUACUGCACACAAGAAUAACAUAGGAAACUGCUUUUCCAUUUGGUUGUUCAGAAUAGCUCUGUUGAUAAAGCUUGCUGAUCUUGGACCAGGAAGGAUGGUUGGAAGUAUUGAAGUGGAUGAUCAUAGGGUGUAUUCAAAUGGGAGGGUGCAGAAUUAUAAUGGUUUCGAAGAGAAACUUGAUGAUCUUCGAAGGUUUUUAGGCAAGGGUGAUGAUGAUGUGUUAAGGAUUGUUAGUGUUGGGGCAGGUGCAUGGGGUAGUGUUUUUGCAGCUUUGCUUCAAGACAGCUAUGGUAAGUUCAGAGACAAGGUUCAAAUCAGGAUAUGGAGAAGGCCUGGAAAGGCGGUUGAUAGAGCCACAGCGGAGCAUUUGUUUGAGGUAAUCAAUUCAAGGGAGGAUGUAUUGAGGAGGUUGAUAAGGAGAUGUGCAUACUUGAAGUAUGUUGAGGCAAGAUUAGGCGAUCGAACACUGUAUGCUGAUGAGAUUCUGAAAGAUGGCUUCUGUUUGAACAUGAUUGAGACACCACUUUGUCCCUUGAAGGUUGUGACAAACUUGCAGGAAGCUGUUUGGGAUGCUGAUAUUGUGGUGAAUGGAUUGCCUUCAACAGAGACUCAAGAAGUGUUUGAGGAAAUCAGCAAGUAUUGGAAAGAGAGGAUUACAAUGCCAAUCAUAAUUUCUUUAGCAAAGGGUAUAGAAGCUGAACUAGACCCUGCUCCUCAUAUCAUAACCCCGACUCAGAUGAUCAAUCGUGCAACUGGAGUACCAAUCGAGAACGUUCUUUAUCUUGGUGGACCCAACAUUGCUUCUGAGAUAUACAACAAGGAGUAUGCUAAUGCCCGGAUAUGUGGAGCCGAAAAAUGGAGAGUACCGCUCGCAAAGUUCUUAAGGCAGCCCCAUUUCAUUGUUUGGGACAAUAGUGAUCUUGUCACACAUGAAGUUAUGGGAGGGUUGAAGAAUGUCUAUGCAAUUGGAGCGGGAAUGAUCGCAGCACUGACUAAUGAAAGUGCCACAAGCAAGUCUGUAUAUUUUGCUCACUGUACAUCCGAAAUGAUAUUCAUCACUCAUUUGCUGGCUGAAGAACCAGAGAAGCUUGCAGGGCCUCUGCUUGCUGACACCUACGUAACAUUGCUGAAGGGACGUAAUGCCUGGUACGGACAAAUGAUAGCCAAGGGAGAGUUAAGCCUGGAUUUGGGUGAUAGCAUUAGUGGCAAAGGAACCAUUCAGGGAGUCUCUGCUGUGGGAGCAUUUUAUCAACUUCUCAGUCAGUCAAGCCUGAAUGUGUUGCAUCCUGACGGUAAGAAGCCCGUUGCACCUGUGGAGCUCUGCCCCAUCUUGAAGAUGCUAUACAAAAUACUAAUAUCCAGGUAAGUUUAGCCUUAAUAUGAAUGUGCCCAUUUGUUUCUCAGGAGUAAAAAUGAUAAAAAUACUCUCUCAAUUUUUGUCAAAAAUUAUCUUUCCUGCCCUCUAUAACAUAAAAGUGAUCCUUUUUUUUCUUUUUUCCUGUGCCCAGGGAACAAGGUGUAAAGGCCAUUCUUCAAGCAUUGAGGGAUGAGAAUCUCAAUGAUCCUCGUGACCGUAUAGAAAUUGCUCAAAGCCAUGCUUUCUAUCGGCCUUCACUUCUCAGUUUUUUGAAGCAAGCUUGAGUUGCUGCUUCAAGACGAUACAAGCAGAGUUUUAUUAUAAGAGAAAUAACAUAUGGAUUGAUGCAUUUUGGGUAUAGUUUCAAUUUAUACUGAAAUCAUUCGAAUGAUCAAAACUUACCAUAUGAUUCAUUUCGCAACUGUUUAAAGAGUUUAUAUGUUAUCAUGUUGAGCUUUGAAAUUGGGGUAGAAAAGAAUCAUCAGAAGCAGUUGUUUCUCCUAAAAGUAGCCCUUUAUCCCAGUAUUAAUGUGUCAUACAAUCCACUCUCCAAAUCAGAAUCGAUAUGCAGUAACCAUUCUGUCUGUGUAACCAGACCCACAGAUCAUUAAUUGUGAACAAUUUCACAAAAUGUGAGUGGCAAAUUUAUUUAGGUUCAUUCUCUGGUUCAAUGCACAUUCGCACAAGAAAAGCAUCUUUGAAAUGCGCUGCAGCAUGGAUUAAGAAGCGUAAUCAGGAUGCUUUUUUUGGCUUUCUGAAUCUACAAUGAGAUAUUACAAUGUUCAAGUAACCAUUGAAGAAAAACGCAUGCACAUAUAUCUGCCACUAAUCAAAGCUGCAACAGUAAAACUGAUACAUUUAUUGGAAAACUUGAGAUAUUUACAAGAAUAACUCAGUUCUCAAAACUACAAAGAGCAAGCACUUCAAACAAGUGAAUUAUCUGUGUGUUAAACAAUAGUUGCUCAAACUAGGAGAUAUGUGCUGUGUAUCAAUGUGAAUCACUGCAAGAAUAAUCAUCACUACACUUAAUUCUGUCGAUAAUGGAUUAGCUCCCCAACCAUUUGCCGAAAUUUUCAAGAAUAGCAGUCUGCAGAGAAAGACUGGUUUUUGUUUGGAUGGUACAUUUUCAGAAAUGAAAUCGAGCUCCAUACAGGCAUUUGCAACUUACUUAUGCCUUUAUCCAAUCCAUUAGACUCGGUUGAAAAUCAGAAGUUCUGCAGAAACCAUUCCCAGAAAUGAGCUCCUCGGCUUAAGAGCUUUCUGCUUUAUUUACAAAAUAUCCCUCUAGCAGAAUAGUCUCAUCUGAGACUGCUGAUGACAAAUUCUCCACCUUUAAGUUUACUGGAAUACUCGUUAGCAAGUCUUCGGUGCUCCCAUCCCAAACAGGUAAAACUUCAACCACAUAUUUCUGGAACAAAUUUAGUUCAUCCGCUUCUCUCAAGAUUCCUUCAAAAUCAAUUAUAUUUCCCCUCAAAUCCAGCAAGACACUACAAAGUCCCUGCUGCUUGCAACAUUCAAGGAUAGACAGCAAAGUCAUUCUUCCAGAAACAACCAUUUUUGCUCCUAUUUUGGCUGCCUCUUGUUGCCAAGAGGUCUCUUCUUCAGUGAAGAUAAUAAAUUCGGAAGCAGAUUCAUUGGGAAAUGUAGGAACAUCAGUAGGACGAGCUGAGGCCUUUGCUAGUACAAUUUGAACAGGUUGAUUGGCCCCUGGUUCUUUGGAAGUGGGAAGAGGCAAUCCUUCUAAAAACAAGCUCGAAGAUGAUAUAACUGCAUCAUACUCUUGAAGCAACUUAGAGUAAUAUCCACCAGACUGAAGGACUGUGGUCCCCAACUGAUUUACAACAUGGCCAUUGACUGACAUGGAGUACCUUCACUUCAAAAAUGAUUUUGUUUAAAAACAUCAACAUCUGGAAUUCAAAUCAAUACCAGAAUUAAAUGUCAAUUCCCCAGUCAUACCUUAACGUAACAAAGGGCUUCCCUGUAAGCAUUUGGUGGAUCCAGGCUUCAUUAAGCUUCUUACACAAUUCCUCCUCAACACCAACAAUCACCUCAAUCCCUGCAUUUCGUAGUUUCUCAAUACCUCUCGAAGCCACAAUGGGGUUUGGGUCCACCAUCCCUACCACUACCUUUUUCACUCUGGCCUUAAUCAAGGCUUCACUGCAUGGUGGAGUUCUCCCAAAAUGAUUACAAGGUUCCAAGCUCACAUAAGCCGUUGCGCCAUCGGCUAGAUUCCCAGCAGCUCUGAGUGCAAACACCUAAAGUUCUUAAAAUUAAUACAAUGAACAAAUUCAGAAUAAAGCAAUUUCUAUUUUUCUGAUGAGUCAUUCGGAUUUGUGACCAAUCAACGGUGUCAUCACAAUUUUCAAAAGAGCAUAUUGCAAUUCAAUAAAAUUUAGUUCCUCCAUUUAUUUGCUAUGACAACAAGAGCCAAGUUGACAUCAUAACAACAAAUCUACUAAAGGUUAAGAAAUGGCAGUCAAUAGGAACCUACAUUCUAAUAAUAUAAAAUGGGACGUUUGCCACAAAUUCAUAAAGCAAAGAAUUUUGUCUUUACCCAAUUUCUAAACCCAAGUUAAUGUUAGCAUACUUAAACACACAAGUUCAGCAAUCAGCUCAAACCAAUAUCAUUGAAAUCCAUAUUCAACAUGGAAGUCAAUAUAUGACACAAUUCCAGACAAUAAAGUCACCAGCUUGAAAACCAACAAGACAUUCUUCUUUACUCAAACAAAAAAAAGAAAAGAAAAAGACAUUCUUAAUCCACAACUUGGUCAUUCUUGAUUAUUCAACAAUAGAGAGCGAAAACAAAGAGCUGAUAUUCACCUCGGCAUGAGGCUGGCCAG